CCCGGGGUGCUCUUUCCUCGCUCGCGUGCGCUGAUCAACUCAGCCUCCGAUCGCCAACGUUUUCAUGCGGAUAGCCACUCGGUUGUAAACUGCACGGCAUCGCCUCUGUUGCUCGGUUUGGACCUCUAGAUUCGCCAAUUGCUCCUCCCAGCAGCGAUCCGGCAUCUCUCCACUCUUCCGUGACACUUUCACCCCGCACUUGCCAUUCGGACGAACCGCCUACCCGGCACUCAGUGUCUGUGUACGCAGUUGACGGCACCUCUCCACCAUUGGACUUGCCUCCCUUUGGACGGCAUUCGAGUGCAUUGCUUCCGUCUAGCGGUUCAUCUUAGCCACUCAUCGCCGUCCUUGCCUCAGCAGGUCGCUGCCCUCACGUUGCGUGCCUUCAACUGCACCUAUACGUGACAGCCGCCGUCCGCUACCAUGGCAGCCGUCGUCGCGAGAGCACCGCCCAUGCCGGGUCGCUCUUCUACGCCCCCGCCGCACUUGACGCUGAAUACAACCUCGCGGGGUACUCCCCAAGCCAUCCCGAACAAGCACAUUCCCGUGUGCCCGCCUGGCCCUGUGCCCGAUCGCGGGCUGGUCACACCUCCUGCAUCACCUCCUACCAAGGACAGCGUGAUCGAGACCACGUCCAUCACUUUCCCGCCGACAAAGUAUGGCUGCGAAUACUCGGAAGAUCCUCCGAUUUUCACCAUCAAUGCGCAGCAUUUUGCAGAGGCAGUAGAUCACAUGGCGACACAGCCGCUACCUAACACCGAACACGUAUUCCCAUGGCUACACGGUCUGCACGCAGAGAAUCAGGUUCAGUUGGCUUUCUUCACCAAUCGUCGGAAGAGCGUUCGCAAGGUGCCGCGGUGCCUCCGAAGCCUCACAAUCGUCAAAACGGGCGGAAACCUUGCUGCUUCCAAGCUGAAGGGUGCUAUUGCACCCGACGAACUUCUUGCUCCGGGCGACACCAGAUUUAUUGAGUGCGACCCCAAGGAUGGGUUUUCCGUUCGCAACUUUCAGAUUCAAGCCUGUAAGCUAGCUACGGUCUCCGAUAUCAUUGUGUACGGCGACACCAGGACCAGCCCUAGUGACACCAUUGCCCUCGCGAAGCGGCUUUCCAAAGCGCAGCGACAUUACGAAGCGAGGAACGGCUUCCCGCGUUGCUCAUUCAAUACGUUCAUGCUGUCAGACCCUUUCAACCAUGUGCAAGAACAGUACCCUCAUCUAGUCGCCAUUGACUCUAAGGGUGGCAUGACGGGCAACGUCGUCGACUUCUUCUACUGGGAGAGGUACGAGAUGUGCGCAAUGUCGAAGUCAUCUGAGAUAUCCGGUAAUGUAUUCCUUGGACCGACACCGGACCCCGCCCUGGACCCAUCUUGUGUCGACCAAGUCUACGAUGUACUCAUCGAGGCGAGCGACAUUGCACGCGUCCCAGAUAUGCCGACGUUACGGAAAGCCCGUGCUAUGUUGGAGAAGAAGGAUCGUAGAGGUCCACUUCAAAUGGAUUUUCCAUCUUCUGGAAGCAUCAUGCCACCAUCGUGGUCUCAUGCUGAGGUGGAUGGUCUGAUGGAUACCUGUAGAUGGAUAUACGAAAUGGCGAAUCCGUCCGAGCUACGACGCUCCAAGCGCAAGAAGAGCGAGACAGACGAGGCUAUUGAGUUAGACGACAUUGCAUCACCGAAGAAGAUCCUGAUACACUGCACAGACGGGUAUACGGAGACAUCGUUGCUCGGUAUAGCCUAUUUCAUGUAUGCUGAGGGUGUACCCGCGCAUGAAGCUUGGGUUCGAUUGCACCGGGAUAAAGGCCGAAACUUCUUCGCUUACCCGACCGAUGUCUCGCUUCUCACUCAGAUCCAAGCCCGUAUUCUUCAAGACUCGCCACGUUUUCAAGAUAGCCUUUUCCAUAUCCAGGAGCCCCGGUGGUUGCCGCGCAUUGACGGAAGUCUGCCUAGCAGGAUUCUUCCAUACAUGUAUCUCGGCAAUCUCGGCCAUGCAAAUAACCCCGAGCUACUUCGUGAAAUGGGUAUAACGCGUAUCCUCAGUGUGGGUGAGGCUCUCACCUGGCCGGACGAUGUCAAAGAAAGCAUCGAUUGGCCGACCAAGAAUCUCAUGAUGAUCGACCGUGUUCAGGAUAACGGUGUCGAUCCACUCUGGGACGAGUUUGACCGCUGUCUGAAAUUCAUUGAAGCAGGAAAGCAAGACGGAGGAGCUACCCUUGUGCAUUGUCGGGUCGGCGUGUCUCGGUCAGCUACUAUAUGUAUCGCCGAAGUUAUGAACGAGCUGGGCCUCUCAUUUCCAAGAGCAUACUGCUUCGUGCGGGCGAGGCGCCUCAAUGUCAUUAUCCAACCUCAUCUUCGAUUCACGUACGAAUUGUUGAAGUGGGAAGAGUACCAGCGUCAGCGACGCAACGAGCCUCUUCGCCGCGAACUAGAGUGGGCGACUAUUGCGCGCGAGAUCGCGCUGAUGAACAAGCCGUACUCCAGGUAAUAUGUUCUUCUACAUGUGAUCUUCACUACAAUACGAGUUACGAUAUCAUGAUACGGUAAUGUUACGAUUCACGGAAACGAUAUGCACCAGAUUUGUUUGCCAGGCUACGACAAUGGUCUUCGCGACAUGGGAUCAUG